AUGGAUGAGUCCCCGCCGCUGGUGGCCGAGCUGGAGCCCCUCAACGCCUCCCUGAACGGGUCCUGGACCAACCCGUUCGUGCAGCCGCCCUGGCAGGUGGCCCUGUGGGCCGCGGCCUACGCGCUCAUCGUGGUGGUGGCCGUGGUGGGCAACGCCGUGGUCAUGUGGAUCAUCCUGGCGCACAAGCGCAUGCGCACCGUCACCAACUACUUCCUGGUGAACCUGGCCUUCGCCGAGGCCUCCAUGGCCGCGCUCAACACCGUGGUCAACUUCAGCUACGCCGUGCACAACGAGUGGUACUUCGGGCCCGCCUACUGCCGCUUCCACAACUUCUUCCCCAUCGCCGCCGUCUUCGCCAGCAUCUACUCCAUGACGGCCAUCGCGCUGGACAGGUACAUGGCCAUCAUCCACCCGCUCCGGCCGCGCCUCUCGGCCGCGGCCACCAAGGCUCUGAUCGGGCUGAUCUGGCUGCUGGCGCUCCUGCUCGCCUUCCCCCAGGGAUAUUUCUCCGUCACCGCCGAGCUCCCAGGACGCCUCGUCUGCCUCGUGGACUGGCCGGAGCCCGGGGCAGCCAUGUCCGGGAAAACGUACCACUUUUCCAUGACGGUCCUGCUGUACCUGCUGCCGCUGCUGGUGAUCGGCUGCGCCUAUGCCGCCGUCGGCCGCACGCUCUGGGCCAGCGCCAUCCCCGGGGACUCCUCCGACCGCUACCACGAGCAGGUGUCGGCCAAGAGGAAGGUGGUGAAGAUGAUGAUCAUGGUGGUGUGCACCUUCGCGCUCUGCUGGCUGCCCUACCACGUCUACUUCACGCUGCAGUACCUGCGGCCCGAGUGGUACCUGCAGAGCUUCAUCCAGCAGGUCUACCUGGCCGUCAUGUGGCUGGCCAUGAGCUCCACCAUGUACAACCCCAUCAUCUACUGCUGCCUCAACGACAGGUUCCGGGUGGGAUUCAAGCACGCCUUCCGCUGGUGCCCGUGGGUCAGCGCGGGCGAGUACGAGGGGCUGGAGCUGCGCUCGGCGCGCUUCCUGCACACGCACAGCUCCGUGUCCAAGCUCAGCCGCAUGGACACCACCACCGUGGCCUCGGCGCUCGGCGUGGCCGACGAGGAGCUGGACGAGCCCGGCCGGGCCGAGCGGCUCUCCCUGGACAUGACCUCCAACGGCUCCUCCCGCAGCGACUCCAAGACGGUCUCCGAGAGCUUCAGCUUCUACUCCAACACCCUGACCUAG